AUGGGGAAAAUCUUAGGAAGCAUGGAAAGGACUUGGGGCUACAGCAACAGCGAGGCCUCGGGGCACCUCUGGCCAAGCAACGCCGGACGCGCUGACGUCGCCGGGUGGCAAAACGUCCGCCCGGGCCCGAGGCGGGCGGAGGCAGCUGUGGUUACGUGCGGGACGGUGGCGCAGUGGCGGGGUGCUGGGACGCGGCGUGUGGAGCCGGCCGGUGGGGCACGCCCCGGGGCCCGGGUUCGGCGGCGGGACAGCACCUACCUUCCCGGCCUCGGGUCCGGCAGUGCGGGGCGCGGAGCCGCCAGAGCGCUGCCUCCCUCCUUCCUCCUCCCCCCCACCCCCCGCCCUCGCCCGCAGCGCGACACACAAUACUCGCCGGAAACGGAAGCCGCGCCGAGGGGCUCGAGUCAGUGGAAGCCGGGUAUCGGCGGGCGGCCGCGGGAGAGCUUAGUCGUACCUGCAAAAGGCCGGAGGCCAGAGGCGGGCGUUGAGGAAAUGAUCUCCGUCUCUUCUGGAGUGGGAGCCGCGAGAGAGCUGCAUUCAAGAUGCAUGAUGAUGAAAUUACCAUUUAAUUGUGUCUGCAUUUCUUCUGGAAAAGAAGUUUUGAAUACACGCAAAUCUAGAACGAAGAGUCUCAAGAAGUAGUUAACAAGAUGGUUUCAGGCCCAAGAUGACACAUUUGGUGAAUUUUAGAAGACCACCCCUCCCUUUGAAGUUUUCCUAUGUUGCUGCACUGAGAAUGCAUCACUGUGUUCAGUCAGCUGGAUAAUGCACAUGGAGUUUGGAUGUUGCUGCCUGCUUUUGACUCUCAUAACAUAUCUACUCACCUGAAAACCCAGGAAUUUUCUGGGGUUGAUAUUCUGAUAUGUAUUUCAUCAAGCUUGGAUCUUCCACCCUCUGAGGAUGAUUUGUUACAGCCUCUGGCUGCAUGUACUUGUGGACGGAAGGUAUCUGACAAUGUCAGAGAACUCUGUUAGAGUUUUGUCUGUAGAUUCAAGGAUUGGCAUUUUUGCCUGAACAGACUGCUUAUGUUUAGUAAAGAAAAAGGGAGGGGUGGGGAGAGAGAUUGAUGGUUAUAGCCAAUAUUUGUUGUCCUCUUCUUGUCUAAUAAAGUAUUUUUAGCCCUG